UCCCAAAGUCAACGCUCAAAACACGCCUAGCUCCUACCCGGGAGGAAAACCACCACAGGUAUUCGCCAUAGAGCCGGCGGACCGGACGGCAAUUGUCGGUAAGCCAGCUGUUCUUCCGUGUAGAGUACUCAACAAAGUUGGCACAUUGCAGUGGACGCGGAAUGGUUUCGGCCUCGGAUCUGACCGCGAGCUACGGGGCUUCCCGCGUUACACCAUGGUUGGAAGCGACGACGAAGGUGAUUACUCCCUCCAAAUCGGAAGCGUGACUUUGGAAGAUGACGCCGAAUUCCAGUGCCAAGUAGGAGCAGUCGAUGGCGUCAAGGGCAUACGAUCCAGGAAUGCUGCCUUCACUGUAUACGUUCCUCCCGAGCCACCAAAAAUUGUGCAAGGCGAUUUUCUUCGAACGACUGCUGGCAUGACAGUAGAACUUACCUGCGAGUCACAUGCUGGGAAACCUCCCGCCGAGCUGACGUGGCUUGACGGCGAGGGAAACGUAGUUUCCGAGGAUGUAGAGUACACGACGCAGUUGCUGAGUGACGGCAAAAGGGCAAAUGCUGCACUGAAAUGGACUUUGACCCCUAGAAGAGAGCAUGACGGGAAGACUUUCACCUGUAGGUCUGAAAAUCCAGCUCUUAAACAGCCUUUAACAGCAAGAAUAAGUCUCGAAGUCAAAUAUCCCCCAGAAAUCACCCUGAAAGUGAACGCCGACAAGAUUAUGGAACUCGAUAAUGUCAAGUUCACCUGUGAUGCCGUUGCCAAUCCUGCAGACGUUAACAUCAAGUGGUAUAGGAACGACGAAAUCAUACCAGGAGACCACAGCACCACCUAUGUCAUAUCUCGGGUGUCACGUGAAUACAAUAAAGACACCAUCAGCUGCGAAGUGAACAAUGACGUGGGAACCACCAAGUCUACUCACACCCUCAAUGUUCUCUAUGGUCCCGUGUUUCGUUCUACCAUUGAAAACGUUGCAGCCGACAUUGGUUCUGAAGUGUCCUUGUCCUGUGAUGUGGAAGGAAAUCCUCAGCCGGACACGGUCUGGACAUUCGAAGGUUCAGACGCCGUCCUCAGCACAGAACCUCGCCUGGUCAUUCCACAGCUGACCCUUGACCGAGCUGGACGAUACACGUGUCGUGCAACAGUUGCCGGUUUUGCCGAAAUAUCUACAGAUGUGCUGGUUUUCAUCAAAGGUCCACCUAGAGUCCGCAGUCCACCUGUACAGUAUGGAACCCUAGGUGAAGAAGUGAAACUGGAAUGUAUUAUAUCUUCUGUGCCUCCUCCAACCAGGAUUCUUUGGUCUAGAAACUCGCAACACGUGGAUAUAGACAACAAUGACGGAUAUCAAAUAGCAGAAGAUGCAAUGGCAGAUGGUAUUAAAAACAUUCUCACGAUUCACAAUGCUGAUGAUGAUGACUUUGGGCAAUACAACUGCUCUGUGUGGAACAGCUUUGGACAAGAUAGUAUGCUCAUUUUACUCAAAAAGCAAAAGAGUAUACCAAUGUUAAUCAUCCUGGCUGGUGUCAUAGGUGGUAUUGUCUUCAUUGUAUCUGUUACGAUAGUUAUUAUAUUAUGCCUAAGAAGAAAAUCCGUCAUUAAAGAUGAGGAGUACGGGUCCGAGAAAAAAACGAAAGGGUCGGACUCGGCUUCGUCGGGGGAUUCGGACCUGAAAGCCGAGAUCCGAACGGCCUCCUCGCUGUCCAACAAUGAGCACGAGCGCAGCUGGGACGAGCAUAGCGACCGGGCUGCACAGGAACAACAACUUUACAAAUACAACCACCCCAACGACUACUCGGAGGCGAACUUUCCGCCCAAACCGGAAAGCCAAGUUAACAACGGCUACAUCCCGUAUGUGGACUACACUCGUGAUUACACCCCUCCAGCCGUCCCACCCACUGGUGGUGUCCGAGACAGCGGCAUCUACGGCAACCCGCCUCCACCCCAGUCAUUAAGUGAUCUCUCGCAUGAUCCCCGAUUCAGAGCGGGGUAUGGCAACAAUCCUUACAUGAGGACUUCUGUUUCGAACAUGCCUCAAACCCCGCCUCAAGGGGCCGUAUUCGUCACAUCAACAUGGGGAAGCCAUACACCCAGUCCAACGUCGCCCCAGCAGGCCAGCGCGCAGCAACCUGGGCAGACAAGAUAUAUCACAGCCCAGCAAGGCCUGAAGCCGGGUACCUUGGCUACCCACGUCUGACGCUAGGCCUAAGGUCUUCAGUAAGGCUUCAUAGCAGCGAGAUUGUUUGAUGACAUCUGGGAUAUUGUCAAACGACUGAUUGUUCUUUUCUCCGACUAUUUCUUGAUAUAUGUUUGUUCUCAUAGGGACAAAGUUCUGAGAGUUUGAAGAAACUACGGUCAAGGACGCACGAAAAUGCUUCUAUUUGGAAAGGCUUUGUCCAGUGAUAGCAUCAACAGCCCCUACUUCCGUUGUCAAAUUAACACGCUUGCGGGCUUCCAGUCAUGGCGACCUUACUAGAUAGAUGAAACAGUUUUUUCAAGACUGUACAGCAAUCUGGAGCCACAAAGAAGACUUGACGUCCUAAUCCAACAGGAGAAAAAAGAAAGGAACAAUUUGUUCGCCAAUCUUUGAAUAGAAGAGCUUGAGAGACAUUAGGAAAAACAAUUCCUUGAUGGAAAUGAACUGCCUUGUAUAUGUCAAACGUUGCCGAGUUCUACCAAAUCGCCAUCAGAAAACUGAAUAGAGAUGCCGUGGAAAUAGAACUGUUAUGUAUUUAACUAUGCAAAUUCCUUUAACGACUGUUGAACAUUUCUAGUGACUUUAUAAAUGUGAAAACUUUUGUUUAGGUUUUCCACAAUAGCAUGAUGAAAUUCAGCAUGCAAAAAAUAUCUCCAUUCUUCAAAUUAGUCAAAAGAACAUACUGCGAAAGAUGGAUUUCAUUGGAUAUGAGUGCCAGCGAUCUAAUAUGGAUCCAAACUUCAUUUGUUCCAAUAAAUUUGUGCCACUUCACUUUGACUCUAGUGUUGGUAUCAUUAUUUUUUUGAAUCCCGCGUUUUAUUCCUGAAUGGAAGUUCUAAAGAUUGUUGUAUCGAAGCUAGAUCGAACUUCGAUAAGUCACAGUGUAUAAAAAAAAAGUUGAAUACAAAAGAAAAAAUGAAAGGUGCUUUACAACGCCCUCUGCUGCCUGAUUGUAGAAACGAUUUUCCCUUUGCAUGACCUUUUACGUAUCAAAUCAUUUUGUCAUCGUCAUUUUCAUCUUCAGAAAAUAAGACUUUUAAAAGUGAAAAUUUAGCCUCUUGCGAUACAACAAUUUGCUUGUUUGUAUUCGUGUCUUUUUAUCCUUCCUAAAAACUGCUUUGGCCCUGGAGCAUCGGGGGGUUUUUCCAAACGAAAAUCGUACAUCCCAUCUUCAUCAAGUUUUUGAUUCUUGAAACAGAAAUCUUUCAAAUCUAAUGUGCAACAAAUGUUUCCAUUAUCUUCCCUUUACUUAUUUAUUUUUUCUCGAAAAUUACAAUCUUAUGAUGCCUAAUAUGAGACCGUUGUACUUCAUGAAGCAUCAAAAUUUGUCACAGUACUGUUUUACAACUUAAUAUUGAGAUUUUUUUUUAAAGACAUUUAAAGAUUUAGCUCAUUUCUUCGUGUGCAUAUUUAUUACACAUCCAUAACACAUCCUUUGGUCCUUUAAAUGGCUACUAGAUGUUUCUGUAACUCUUUCCUUAUUUAAAUUUAAUCGUUUAAUGAUUUCUUCCUUGAAAGUAGUAUCUAACACCCGCCUAGAACUACCUAUACUACAACAAUGUCAUAUUUAAAAUCCCAUAACGUUGAUAAGUAGGUGUAAUUUAUUUGUUUUACCGCCAUCUAUUAUGCAUAUAUUGCAGUAUUUUUCGUCUAAUAGUCAGCUUAACAUUUAAAAAUUAUUUAAUAAAUUAAAAUAGAAUAUUUUUGUACAUCAUUUUGACGAAUGCUUUUCUUAUAUUAAAAAUAUACCAUAUAUCCAUGAGAAGCCAUCCCGCCUAAAGUAGUGGUUUCUGACAAUGACAUUUCUAGGGGUCUUUGGAAAUUAGUUAAAGAUAUAUUUUCAGUUAUUGCGAUAUUACCUUGAAUGCACUUUUUGUUUAACGGCGAUCACCAUAUCAACAUGUCUUCAGUUGCAAAAAUGUUCGAAAUAUUUUGCUACCUAAGUCGGUCCACUUUCCUUUUUGUAAUCUUGUCGUUUUAUCAGUCUUUAAAGAUAAUUUUUCCCCAAUUUUUACAACUUUGAAAAAUUUCUGUUUCAAAUUCAAUAUUUUAACUAUUUUCCUCAGGAUACAACUCCGCUCAAGCUUAAUUUUCCUGUUAUGGACAACGAGAUGAAUGAAUAGAGUGCUUUAAGUGGCUGCUCUGUAUGGUGAAAUCAAUAUCAUUUGUUAUCUAGCAUUUGGCAGAAUUAAAAGGCAGUUGACUAAUAUUCAUUAAUUUAUCACAAUGAAAAGCCAAAUUUGGCAACCUUUUUCUACUUUUUGCUAGAAGACAAGUGAUAUAUACAUUGGCUUUAUUAUGUAUCGAACUGUUUCCUCGAAACCACGCUUAGUAAUUCUAUAGCUAACUCGAGAUAUUAUGUGUUUGCUGGCGUUUGAUAAUGAUUAAAUAGACAGUUGUCGAAUAUUCAAAUAAUUACCCCGAAAAGCAAAAUUUGGACAGCGUUCUCCGUUUUUCGCUAGCAGAGAUAUGAGAUUCACUGAAAUGUUUUCAAUGAACCACCAACCAAUCUGUCUAUUCAUCUCGUUGAUUAUGAUAUGUUUCUUUCUUUUUGAAUAAGUGUCAUUAUGCUCAUACUUUUUAGCUGUGAUUGUAACUGAAAUUUGAAGAAAUGUGAAUGUCCUGGAAAAAAUGAUCUUGAUCUUGGAAUACUUUGCUGUGUGAAUGAACUACAUAUUGCUGUCUAAGAAUUGUUAAAUCAUAUUUAUUACUCGAUUUGAAGCAUUUCAACAUUUGUUCACUCAUUAAAACUGCAUUUUGUUUCGUUAUUAUGGUGUUUUUAAAUGUAUACUGUUUUAAUUAUUUACAUUCUAAAAAUGCGAUGAAGCUGUUUCACUUUCGUUACACGAUAUGAAAUUAACAUUUUUUACUCAAGUUCACCGAUUGUGUCUUGUCAAUCAGUUAAUAGCUUUUGUAAUUAUUUUUUGCUUAAUAAGUUUGGUUUUUCAAGAAACAUUAGUACAGAUAGCAGUAUUAUUGAUUGAAAGGUUUUUAUUUUCUUUGAAAUUGCUAACUCACUGUGCCGUGACAAUCCUCGAGUUUUCCUCGU